AUGGCUCAACCAACAUGCUCCGUCGAGGAAUUCACCCGUACAACUUUCGACUAUGUCAUCUGCGGGGGUGGCACCGCUGGACUCACCAUUGCGGCGCGUCUGAGUGAGAAUCCCGCUGUGACCGUCGGUGUCAUUGAAGCGGGCAAGUAUCGCAUUGGGGAUCCGUUGGUCGAUACUCCUGCGGUAUUCCCCCAAAUGCUGGAGAAUCCCGAUUACGAUUGGUGUUUAUAUACAGCCCCUCAGGAAGCCAACAAUGGCAAGGUGCACCAUAUCCCGCGUGGCAAGGUGCUCGGCGGAUCAAGUGCGAUCAAUUAUAUGAUGUACGUGCGAGGAUCAUUGCAGGAUUAUGACGAUUGGGCGGAACUAGCGGGAGACGAGGGAUGGUCCUCGGAGAUCAUGCAGGGCUAUAUGCGAAAGCAUCAGACUCUCGAACCGGUAGACCCGGCCAUCACGGAUCGGUCCACCAUGCCAUUGGUGGGACAUUUCCACGGAACGAACGGACCCGUUCGCACUGGAUUCAACGACACGCUGAUGCCCGUGGAGAACGACAUCAUCAAGGCGUGUGAGGAUGUCACGGGCAUCCCGAAUAAGCCCGCCGAUCCAUGGAGCGGAGACCACAUCGGCUUCUACCACACCCUGGGCUCGGUGAUUCGGUCCGGCCCUAACAAGGGCAAGCGCAGCUACGCGGCACGGGGCUACUACGAAGCGCACCGGGCCACUCGGCCAAACUUGAAAGUCCUCUGCGAAGCUCUGGUGAACAAGGUCGUGCUCGAUGGGACCAAGGCAACAGGGGUCAGCUUCACGCAUGGCGGAACAGAGUACCAGAUCUCUGGGCGCCGGGAGAUCAUCGUGAGCGGAGGAACUAUCAAGUCCCCGCAAAUCCUGGAGUUGUCUGGGAUUGGAAACCCGGAGAUCCUCAAAGCUGCUGGCGUGGAGUGCAAGGUGGCCAAUAUGGGAGUUGGUGCGAAUGUGCAAGACCACUCCAUUACCAUUGCGACAUUUGACGUUCAGCCCGGCGUGGUGACGUUGGAUACCCUGGCUCAAGUGCCGGACGCCAUGGCAGCCGCGGCCAAGCAGUACGAAGAGGAGAAGGGUGGACCCCUCAGCUGCAUUGCUAGUAUGCAAGGUUUCUUCCCUGCGAAGAAGGUCCUGUCCGAGGCGGAGCUGGAGGAGGUCAUUCAAAGUAUUCGCGACGUGAAGCCGACCAGUGCAUUCCACGAGAAGCAGCUUGCACAGGUCAUUGCGCACCUGCAGAGUGACCACUCGGCCAAUCUCCAACUUGUCACUGUGCCUGCUACAAUGGAGCCGGAGGGGAUCGAGCACCAGGGCAAAUUGAUCCCUCCCCGGUCUGCAGACAAGCCUGCCGGUGUGACCUUUGCCUUGUGUCUGCAGUAUCCCGUGGCAAGAGGAUCAAUCCAUAUCCAAAGCGCCGACCCUACCAAAUCCCCCAUCAUCAACCCCAACUACGGUGGACACCCUGCAGAUGUCUCUCUUUUGGCCGCCAUGCUGCGUUGGGGCGACAAGGUAGGCGAGAACAAGAACUUGAAGCCAUCAAUCCUGCGCCGCGCCAUCCCAGAACCGUCAGUCAAUCUCCAAGACCUGGACGCUGCACGACGACAUGUGCACGAUGUGGUUGCCGGUGAAUACCAUAUCUGUGGCUCCGUUGCAAUGGGCGAUGCACUUGACAGCAGGCUUCGCGUGAAGGGUGUCGAAGGUCUGCGCGUUGCUGAUGCAUCGGUAUUCCCCAACAAUGUCUCGGGCAAUAUUGUGAGCAGUGUGUAUGCCGUUGCAGAGAAGGCGGCCGAUCUCAUUCAGCAAGAUUGGGAUCUUAGUUCUUAG